CGCGGUGUCGGUUCACAGCAUCCACAACAACAACGGCGCAACGUCAAAAACGCGUCGACGCGGUGUGCUUUUUACGUGCCUUCGCGAGAACACGCUCUCGUUCGCUCGCGCGCUCGUUUUUCCGCGAAAAAAUCCGCGUGAUCUCUCUCGCCUCGGUUUCGAGACACGCAUAUGCAUAUCAAUUUCUGCGUGAAAACGCAACGCGCACAUGGUCCUUCUGUAUCCUGACCAGCAUCCCCGAUCGCGUACGACGGUGCGAGGUACUUCCCUCCGCUCGAGGUUGCCCGAUCAGUAGCGCGAACGCGGUACGAGCGCGGCACGCAACAGCGCAGUCUGACAGAGCGCGGUGGUGGUAAAGGGAGAGGGGAAUGUCAUGAUCGGAGAGGUCUACGCGUACCACAUCGUUAUUAGCGACUGACUGGACCCCGAAGAUCGAACAUGAGGUUUCGGAACGGUAGCGGUACCAGAGAGGAGACGACGUCACGGCUGACACGUGUGACAUUCGCGUUGAAAUCGUAGCAAAAGAUGUAAGGAAUGAUCACGUGGAUGAUGGUUGGGCUGCUUCUGGCUGCGGAAACUUGCGGCAGAAACGUCAUCUCCGGAAACGGAAACGGAAACGGAAAGGAGGAGGAGGAGAAGCAACGGGAAGGUUUGAAGGGCGUCAGCACGGACGAGGAAGACAUCUAUCGUCUAACGUGCUACACUUGCGUCAACGUCAGCGAUAACCAGAUGUGCAACGAAUGGGCGAUAGAUACACCGUGUCCGGCGGGUGGCCGUGAUUUCUGUCGAUCGCUGCACAUUCUGGACAGCCGGGGAAACAGCGUCUUGGUAAGCAAGAGUUGCGCCAGCAACGAGGAAUGCGGACCAGCGUCAGUCGGCUGCAUUCCCAUGGAUACGCAGCAGGUUUGCAUAAGCUGCUGCGAUCUGAGCUACUGCAAUAUCGAGUCGCCCACCAACGCCACGAAUGCCGUCUAUUCGCGUAAACGGCGCGCCAAGUCAAAAUCGAAGCGCAAACGGCUCGGCAGAAACGGGGUCGAGGCGACGACGCGGCUUUACGGGUCCAGUUUGCUCUGGCUUCCCGCCUCGCUGUUCUAUGCAUAUCAUUGCUGAGGAAGCAGCAACAACACUAUAUAAAUGACCGCGUACGCGAAGCGGACAGCGCGGAAAACCGCGCACGCGGAGAGAUUCGCGGCUCGCGCGCGCCAUUUCUCUCGAUCGAAUGAAAUUCUUUUUCUGUGAUUUCUUCCUUGGCUUCACACUCUCGCCUGAAAAUGUAAAAAAACCUGAAGACCUGAACGUCUAAUUCCGACCAAACUUCCCGACGAAUUUCCUCGCCGCAGGAGGAUUAUACGUGAUCCGAACUUUUUCACGUGCUCGCCGAACUGAUCUCGAUGGCGAUUAUCGUCCAAUAGUUUGGAGAGAAAAGGCUACUAUACUUGUCUAUAUUUUUCGUACUCUCGUUUAAACACUUUCGCUACCGUUUAACUUUUAACAAAAAAAAA